AUGAAAAAUCAGAAAACGCCGUUGAAGGGUCGAUUAUGUAUUAUGGGAAUGAUUUAUGGAGGUACGAUUACGAAAAUGUCAUCAACACUUUUCCUUCAAUCCUUCAUGGUUAUACAAUAUUCAAAAGCAAUGAUUACAAUUACUUAUUACUCAACAAGGAGUUAUAGACGAGAAAUAUUAAUAAUGUGUUCAGAGCUUUCCUCACCUAAAAGUGAACUUCUUAUCUUUGCCAUGAAAAAGAAGAUAUUCUGUGAAGGAUCUCUGUUGGAUACUGUUCAGCGCUCGAAUAUUUUUUCCGACUGUAAGCAUUUCGUGGACAUGUCUCUGAAGCAUGAUGCAGAAACUACUCUCGUUCGUUGGGAAGCGCUGAGGUCUGCUGGACCAGUGACUCCCGAUCGUCUCCGUGAAUUUAUCACCGAGUUUUUCAAUGAACCAGAAAACGAACUCGUGGAAUGCGAACCAGAAGACUGGGAUCCAAUGAAUGACGUUUUUCACUACAUCAGGGAUCCAAACUAUCGUUCCUUUGCAUUUGCUCUACACCGGAGAUGGCCAACAUUACAUAGGACGAUUUCUGAGAACGUGAAAGUCAGGCCGGAGAGAUAUUCUAUCAUAUCGGUGCCGAAUCCGUUUGUCAUUCCUGGUGGAAGGUUUCGUGAGAUUUACUACUGGGACAGCUUCUUCAUCAUAAAAGGACUUAUGGUUUCUGGAAUGUAUAAAACAGUUCGUGGAAUGAUUGAAAACAUGCAACACUUAAUUGAAGAGUAUGGCUUUGUGCCUAAUGGCAAUAGAAUUUAUUACCUAAAUCGAUCUCAACCUCCUAUGCUGACCUGGUGUGUUCACGAAUACUUCACGGCUACAAAUGACGUCGCCUUUCUUGAGCAGCUCAUGCCAACUUUAGAGAAAGAGCUAACAUUUUUCCGAACGAAUAGAUCAAUUGUGAUGGAUGGGUGGCCUGGUCAUCUUUAUCGCUACCAUGUUGUAGUCGAUGGGCCACGUCCGGAGAGCUAUUGUGCAGAUUUGAAAAGUGCAGCACAUCUGUACGACGGCGAGAAGCAAAAACUUUGGGGCGAUAUCGCCGCUGCUGCCGAGAGCGGCCGAGAUUUCUCAAGUCGGUGGUUCAGCCAAUCUGGACCCAUGGCUGGGAGAUUCGAAGGCACAAGGACAAGUGAAAUAAUACCAGUGGAUCUGAAUGCAAUUAUUUGUGGGAAUCUUCUCUUAAUGCGAGAUUUUUACGAUGCAUUGGGAGAUAUUGAUGGAUCGAAGAGGUGUGCCCAAGAGGCUGAUUUGUUGAAGCAGACGAUCCAUCAGGUCUUGUGGAACGAGUCAGCCGGAUGCUGGUUUGAUUAUGACAUUACUACUGGCCAACAUCUGCGCAUGUUCAGUGACACGAAUUUCUUCCCUCUAUACACGAAAUCUACACAUCCAGACUUCGAUUCUGAAGCGAUUGUCGACUAUUUACGGAAAACAGGCGUACUGGAGUUUCCCGGUGGCGUGCCAACCUCUCUAAUAGCCACUGGUCAACAAUGGGAUUUUCCUAACGCAUUUGCACCUACAGAGUGGAUCUUAAUCGAAGGCCUUAGGUUAUGUGGCCAAGAAGAAAUUGCCUUGCAAAUAGCCGAGAAAUGGAUCAGGAAGAACUUCAAUAUGUGGCGUGCUAGCGGAGGAACAAUGUAUGAAAAGUACAACGUGGUCUCAGCUUGCUACAAAAUAGUCGGUGGUGGUGGCGAGUACGAAAUGCAGGAGGGGUUCGGCUGGAGUAAUGCAGUGAUGCUUGAUCUACUCAAAACAUAUGGCCAUGAAUUGCAAUGGACACCGGCGGAUGAAUGCAGGCACAAGUGUAUAUGUCUUUGGCAAUAUCCCAAUCGUUGCUCAAAUUCUCAGGCAGCAGAGGGCUAG